GCGUGUAAUAUCCUGUAGAGUGGUGUUUGACUUUUCAAAGAUUGUUUACAAGCGUUUUCCCCCGUUAAUGUUCAAUCGAAUUUAGUCAAAUCCAUUAUCAAUAUCAACGCAGGGUCGGUGCCAACAGUUUCAUAAACAUCCCGGAAUGUUUUUCUGAACAAUAUUCAACCCCGUUGUGUUAAAUGCGACUAGUUAUCGAUGACACACUUGUUGCACGCUUCGGGAUGGAAGGGCCUGGUAUAAGUUUGUUUCAAGGAUCCGAUAGCAUCCAGUUGAACACAACCGCCCAGCGCCAAGAGGAGGAUGAAGAACAAGAAGACAUCAAGCGACGGAACGAGGAGAUCAAAAACAUCCUGACCAAUGCUUUUGACGACCUCGACAAUGACGACGACGAAGCCAGCUCAGUCAACAGCAGUAGAUGCUAUAAUGACGUUACCAGAGACACAGAGCGGAGUCUUGUAGGAGGCUUGAUUUUUGAAACUACGCGCUCUGAGAGUGGCCCGACGGUUUCUCAAAUACAACGAGAAUUCGGGGUGUACGGUCGAGUCGACGGAAGUAAUAAUUGCAACGAUCAACCUCAGCCCAAUUUCGAACACCAAAAUGUAGAUCGUGGUCCUACUAUAUCGGACAUACAGAGAGAAUACGGCGUGUAUGGGCAACCGGAAACACCGUAUAAUAAGAAUAUUUCAAAUAAUAUGGUCAACUCGGUGGACAGCCCUUACGAAUUGCCCAAACCACCAAAUCCUGGGUAUCCUCACAAUAUCAGAGCUCAGCUUAACGAGGGGUACACUUUUUCCGAGAGUUAUCCAGCUAAUUACAAAACUCCAACCAGUCGCUUUGGAACAGCAACGGAAAGUUAUCACGACAACGGGUAUAUCAACGAUUAUGAAAAAAAUGGCCCGUAUAAAACUAUUCAGGAGUUUGGCGGAGGAGAUAGCGAAGUCACUUCAGACCAUUUUAAGCAUUGCUUUCAAACCAGUCCAAAUGGCGGUCCGGUCGAUGAGAAUACAGCCUAUAAGGCGGCGGAGUAUGAUAGCAAGGAACAAUUAGAAGUUCUGUAUUCUGUUAGGAUGCGAGAAAUUCAAAGGUUAACAGAAGAAUUGCAACAGGUGCAAGAGGAACGGCAAGAAGAGACAAAUCAACUUAGUAGAAAGCUUGCUCUAGCUCAAGCUGAAGUGGAAAGAUCUAACCUGUCGAGAAAUCAGGCCCAGAAUUUACUUGUGGACGCUAAAGUUGAAAUAGCUGAUCUCCAGGCAAAAUUAGCAACUUUGAAGGAAAACGUUGCUGUAUUGGAAAAAACUAAGCAAAAUAUGAGUGAAGAACUCAGCAUUUCCAAAAAUUCGGUGGCCGAUCUCCAGCAAAAAAUAGCUGUCCUAGAAAGAGUACAAAUGUUGCAAACAACUGACAAAACUCAUGAAAAAUUUUUGAAGCAAGCUCAAGAAAAACAUACCAUAGAGAUGAAGAACAUGCAGAUCCAGAUAGAUGCUCUUACAGAUAAAUUAAAUGCUAAGGAAACAUCUUAUGUCGCCCUGGAACACAAGUUGGCUGAUGUAAGGAGGGCGCAUGAAACAUUAAUGGUAGAAAAGGGAGAUACAAUGAAUCGUCUGUCGCGUGCGCUAGAGGAAAGUCAGGCUCAAUGUCGUCAUCUGAUGGCCAGUCACAAUGUGCAGGAAGUUACGAAGCUACAAACUCAGCUUAGAAUUGUGACCGAGGAGAAGGACGAACUUGGUAGAACUGUACACGAACUGCAGCGCAAAUUGGAUUUAGCCAAGAGCGACAUUACACAAUAUGAUUCACUGCUGGCAACAACGUGUGAAGAGGAAUCUGACUCUAUGAGGCAAUUGAAGUUGGGCGAACUUCACAAUAGAUCUAAGAGUAAACCGGCUGAUGAUAUUACGAAUAAGCUGCGAGGAGAAUUACAGAGAUGCUUGGCAGGACAAGCAGUUAAGAGGAAAGAGAUAAAUCGUCUAGAAAAUACUCUUGCACAAAAAGAAAGAGAGGUCGAGCAAGCCUCAUCUUUGGCUCAAACAUGUCAAGAAGAAGCAGCAAGGUACGCGAGGCGAGUCAACGAGUUGGAAAUGGAAUUGAAAUCUCUCUUAACGGACAAAGCUAUAAAAGCAAACGCAGAGAUACAAAAGCUCUCUGAUCACUUGAACGAUACAAAAAAACUUUGUGAUAACCUGAGGGCAGAGAAAGAUGAACUUGAGCGUAAACUACAGCAAGCUUUAGUUGGAAAUGAGGAAAAUUUAAGGCGUAUGCAUCGGGAAAUGGUGGCAGAGCAAGAGAAGGAAGCUGUGGGAGAAUACAACAAAGAGUAUUUAGAAAUUCACGAAAAGGCUGUACAAAGAGUCAGACAGGAGGCGGAAAUUGAAAUAGUUCAGUUAUCAGUGCAAUUAGAACAGACUCAAAAAGAACUAGAUCGAGUUAAAGAAUUAUACGUAGAUGUUUGUGGUACAAAAGAGCAACUGAUAGCACAGCAUAACGAAGAAAUUGCGGAAUUAAAAGCAACGUAUGCAGACUUUGAGACACAUAAAGCAACAGUGGACAAGAUGAAUCGGGACUUGGAAACUCAAGCAUCUGUUAUAAAGAGGCUAACUAUGGAGUGCGAACUUUACAGGAGUAAAACUGUAGAACUGGAAAAAGAUUUGGGUCAUGAAAGGCAGAGAAGAGAAGAACAUGCAAAAAGAAUACAUGUUGAAAUUGAGAAAACGAAAGAAGAAACGCUGAAAGAAUUGCGCAAUGCUUACCCAAACCGUAACAUAAGUGUAAUUUUACCAGAUCACUGCUCUGAACAUGUAGAUAAAAUUACUCAGCUUGAAGACGAUUGCAAACGCUUGGAAGAAAAGCUUUCGAACGUCGUUGAAGAACGGAAAAAAAUGACUGAACUUCAAACAGAUUUGGAUGAUGCUAGAUUAAAAAUAGCCCAGUUGGAAAUCGCACAUGAGUCUUUGAAGAAAAAGUGCGAGGAUGUUGCCAGAGAACGAAAUUCCUGCAGAGAUAAGAUCUCGGCAUUGGAAUUAGAAGUAUUGAAUGCUAAAAGAAGUACACGAUCGAAUUCAGAGGAAUCUAGUGAAAUCAGACAAAGAAUCGAACGUGCAGAAAGUGAAUACGAAUUAUUGCGAAAAGAAUAUGAUAGCGUUCUGAGGGAUAGAAAUACGUUGAAGGAUAAGUUGUCUAGUUUAGAAGUAAAACAGUUGCAAUGCAAUAAAGAUGUUAAUUCGAACUUAGAAGAAAGAAUGAUACUUUUGGAGAAUGAGUCACGGCGCAACGAAGAGCAGCUUCAACUUCGAUUGAAAGAAAUCAAUACGCUCAAAGAUGAACGAGAUCAGCUCGUAGUUAAACUGAAAGAUCAGGCAAGACAAUUUGAACGGUAUGUUAAGAGUCAAACGCAGGUGUCUGCGGAAUUGAACAACUCUCCUCGUAGCUUGGCAGGUGAUGCUGAUUUACAAAAAAUUAAAGAAAUUGCCAUAAAAGAGGUCAGGGAAGAAAUGGAGGAAAAAGUGACUGACGAAUUGAAGGGAAUUGAAGAGCAACAUUCACAAAGACAAAAGGAAAUUGAAGAGCAGUAUAAAGUCCUAUUGUUAGAGUUGCAGUCAAGGUGCAGAGAAAAGACUGAAGAAGUUAAAGCUGUCAAAGAAGCUAUGAUCGCAGAAAGACUCCGGUUGCAAUCGUCGUUUAAGGCGCAGGAAGAAGCGAUAGCAAAGAUGAUAGAAGUGAAGCUGGAUAAGAUGCAUCAUGAGUUAGUUGCUAGGAAAAUUAGAAUAGAAUCCUUGCUGGAGGAAUUAAAAAGGAGAGAAAUUGAUAUGGAAGAACAGAGAAAUGUAAUGGCCCAAGUAAUGUCAGAGUGGGCAGCAGAAAUUAGAUCGAUCAAAACGAAAGAGGCUGAAAUGAAUCAAGAUAUUGAAAAGUUGAAGCAAAAGGAGGAGACUUUAACCGAAGAAGUUAAAGAUUUGAAACAAAAAGAGGAAGAUAUGACAAGUCAUAUCAAUAUGUUGAAACACAAAUAUCAGUCAGCAAGGAAAACUGCUCAAAAUUAUAAGGAACUGGCAGAGAAUAAAGAAAAAUUUUUACUGAGCGAAUGUGAAAGGAUCAAGGAGGGUUACAAAAGAGCCAUGAAUCAAGUACAACAAAAAGUUGAUGCAAUAGUGAGCUCUCAAGAGAAACAAGUAUCAACAAAAAUGGCAGAGCUCGAGAGUCAGUAUGAAGAACAGUUAGAACAAAUGAGACUUAAAAUGAAGUACAAAAAUAAAUGUUGAAGUAUGUAUUAAUUCCAUUUACCUCUGGUAGAGCUUUCCGUAGUUUAGAAUAAAUUGUAGUUAGAAGAGGCUAAUUAUAUAUUAUUCUAGUUUAAUUUAAAGCACUUUAUUGUACAACACAUCAUUAGAAGAGAAUUUAUUUUAGGAACAAUAUUUUCAAAUAUAUAUAAUAAUAUUACCAGUCGCUGCGGUUGCCCAUACAUCAAACGAUACGAUAGUCAUUAUUAUAAGUGUUAAAUUUCUCUGUAAGUUUUGCAAUAAUAAUUGCAAAAUUCUAGAUAAUUAACAACAGGCAAAAUGCCUGGUCACGUACUUUGUAGGAAAUUCUAAUUGUAAAUCACAAAUUGAUUCAAGUAUUAACAUUAAUGUUAAACAUUUCUAUAAAAUUUAUAUCAUGUAAAGUUGAAAUUUUAUAAAUUUGUAUACUUAAGAUAUUAAUAACAAUUGUCGUACAACUUUCCAUUCAUCAAAAUGCCGGGACCGUACUAUAAGCACCAGCAGCCAUCACUGAAUUUAGCUUGUUAAUAUAGGAUGAGGUUGUACACGGACGAUUCUAAUUAUUAUAUUCAACUAUUUUAAUUACUGUAGAUCUGCAAGAGUAGAUAAUUACGUCUUAGAUGAAAAUUAUGCCUCUGUUACUAUAUGAAUAUUCGGUUAAGUAAUAAUGAAGAAAAAAAAAAAAAAAGAUUUAUUCGAUAUAUGGGCAAAAAAGAAAAAAAAAGAAAUGAAAAAAAAAUAUAUAUAUAUUAAUCGCUACUUUCGUAGAUCUAUUUUCAACUAAAUUUUUACUAACUGUGGCAAUUUG